AUGGUUGACGUUCUUUAUUCACUUGUGGAUGUGAACGAACGAUUGAAUCGAUUAGUACUUGAUCCUCUUUAUAUUCGUAAUCUUGAUAUGACUAUGAAAUCAUUGUCUGAUGAUACUUCUUCAAUACCUGAUCAAGUUCUUAAUAGAAUCUGUAAAAAAGUCUUACCUCGAAUACAUCAUCAUGUAAAUGAACUUAUUGUUGAAUCACAUUCAAUAGAACAUAUUCUUAAUGUCAAUUUUUAUCCUCAACUUUUCUCACUGUCAUUGGUUAAUUUUCAAGAAGAAAUACUUUAUCAAUAUUUAACAGACAAUUCAAUUCUUCAUCGUCUUCUCACUGAACAAAUCACACAUCUUAAUAUUACUAUUCAAAAUAAGAUAACACCAGCAUUUUUUGAAACUUUAUCAAAUGUUUUCGUAUUGAUUUUAUCUUUAUGUAAACGAUUAAUCAAUUUGGAUUUUUGUCAAUUGUUUCCUGAUCAAAUAUGGUCAAUUAAUAUUUUUGAUCUACAAUCAACAAGUUGUAUGUCUUUAACUUUAACUCAAUUGAAAAUUAAUGUCAAAACUUUUGAUGCUUGUCUUUACCUUCUUGAUGGACGUCUUGAUAAUUUAUCAACCUUGAUUAUUCAAGUGUCAAAAAUUUCCCGUACAUUAUUAAAUAUAGAUAAGAUGAAAAAACUUUCCAAAUUGAAAUGCUUUUCAUUGGCCUCGUUUGAUUAUACGUUUAACUAUGAUGAUGAAAUUGUUCCAUUACUUCGUCGUAUGAUAAAUCUUGAAGAAUUGAUAUUAUCUUUGUCGAUAAUAAGAAUUGACUUAACUUAUAUUGAUGGUACACAUUUAUAUGAAGAAAUUCGUAUUCAUAUGCCACGAUUAAACAAAUUAAUAUUUAGUAUAAACACAGCUAUUGUCAAGAAGAACAUUAAUAUUUAUUUUCCAUCUAAUGAUGAUAUUCAACGUAGUUUUCUCGAAAGAAGAUAUCAACAAGUUGGUUCAUAUGUCGAUUCUACAGUAAUAGAAGGUCAAGGAAGAUGUCAUAUUUAUUCACUUCCAUAUCAAUUCGACACUUUUCUUCAUCUUAGCAAUUCUUUUCAAGGUGGCAUGUUUAAUAAAGUUCGAUGCUUAACUAUGACUGAUGGACGUCCAUUUGAACAUGAAUUUUUUAAAAUCAUCUCACAAGAUUUUCCUUUUCUUGAAAACUUAUCCAUAUGUAAUGCAGAACCACAAAAACAUAAGCAACAUUCAUCGACAUUGAUUACAUUUCCGCAUCUUAUUUUUCUCGAUCUGAAGGCAGCACAUAUGAUCUAUGCUAAGCAGUUUCUUUUGGAACAAAAUACUCAUCUACCUCGUUUAUUGAAGCUCAAUAUCAGAUACAAAACGCUUACAAAAGUAACAAAGAAUUUUACCAAUAAUUUAGCACGUCUCAAUUGUAGCAAAUUGGAAUGUCUUCAAAUAAACGGGUCUCAUGUUCUCCCAUCGAAUUUUCAUCAAUAUUUUCCUUCAUUAUAA